AUGAUAGCCAUUGUCACCGAAGUACGCCUCACUCUAUGGCGUGUGAAAGCUCGUUUUAAACUCGGAGUGCAUUGCAACCCAACAGAUGAUACGAGAAAUUCACGGUUCGAACCUUUGAUGAUCAAGUCAGAAAAGGUCCCGUCGGAGGCGACGGUACUCCAGAGGAAAGAGAUCAAGCAUCGCGAGACGCGUUUAGUAUUCCACGGAUUUGAGGCCAGCAGCCAUUCUCGUAGCGGCCCACUGAACACGCUCAAUGAGGGUGACGUCUUUCGUGCGUCCUCAGUAGACAACUUGGUUGGCGUACUCCAGGAGCGGUCCGACGUAGGCCCCAUAGGGCAUUUGGAAGUCCAUCUACCUUAUCACAGAGCGGCUCAUACAAAGUGUGGAGGUGUCAAGGUCACGCAUUGUUGCAGUCAACACGCCAUGCGCAUCGAAGAGGUUCGAAGUACUUCGAAGGCACAACGUGUGGCUGCCCACACCCAUAUUAAAGGGCUCGGUCUUGAUGAAAAUGGCAUUCCGUUGCCCAGCGCUGCAGGAUUGGUGGGCCAAGAAUGCGCUCGUGAGGCCGCCGGUAUUGUUGUGGAGAUGAUCAGGUCGAAAAAAAUGGCGGGAAGGGCAGUUCUGAUGGCUGGUCCACCCGGGACGGGAAAGACCGCGAUUGCCAUGGCCAUUGCACAAGAUUUAGGGAACAAAGUUCCAUUCUGCCCAAUGGUCGGUAGCGAGGUUUAUUCGUCAGAAAUUAAGAAAACGGAGGUGCUGAUGGAGAACUUUCGGAGGGCAAUCGGGUUGAGAAUAAAAGAGAUAAAAGAAGUAUAUGAAGGCGAAGUGACCGAACUAACUCCUGUUGAGACAGAGAGCCCUACUGGAGGACUUGGAAAAACAAUCAGUCAUGUCAUAAUUAGUCUUCGGACGGCCAAAGGAGUGAAACAGUUGAAGCUAGAUCCUUGUAUAUAUGAAAGCCUACAGAAGGAGCACGUUGAGGUUGGCGAUGUCAUCUACAUUGAGGCUAACUCGGGUGCUGUUAAACGUCAGGGGAGGUGUGAUGUAUAUACAGCGGAGUACGAUUUGGAGGCUGAUGAAUAUGUACCUCUCCCGAAAGGUGAAGUGCACAAAAAGAAAGAAGUCGUUCAGGAUGUUACCCUUCAUGACCUUGAUGUUGCUAACGCCCGGCCUCAAGGUGGUCAAGAUAUCGUUUCUAUGAUGGGUCAGUUAAUGAAACCAAAGAAAACGGAAAUCACCGGGCUCGGUCUUGAUGAAAAUGGCAUUCCGUUGCCCAGCGCUGCAGGAUUGGUGGGCCAAGAAUGCGCUCGUGAGGCCGCCGGUAUUGUUGUGGAGAUGAUCAGGUCGAAAAAAAUGGCGGGAAGGGCAGUUCUGAUGGCUGGUCCACCCGGGACGGGAAAGACCGCGAUUGCCAUGGCCAUUGCACAAGAUUUAGGGAACAAAGUUCCAUUCUGCCCAAUGGUCGGUAGCGAGGUUUAUUCGUCAGAAAUUAAGAAAACGGAGGUGCUGAUGGAGAACUUUCGGAGGGCAAUCGGGUUGAGAAUAAAAGAGAUAAAAGAAGUAUAUGAAGGCGAAGUGACCGAACUAACUCCUGUUGAGACAGAGAGCCCUACUGGAGGACUUGGAAAAACAAUCAGUCAUGUCAUAAUUAGUCUUCGGACGGCCAAAGGAGUGAAACAGUUGAAGCUAGAUCCUUGUAUAUAUGAAAGCCUACAGAAGGAGCACGUUGAGGUUGGCGAUGUCAUCUACAUUGAGGCUAACUCGGGUGCUGUUAAACGUCAGGGGAGGUGUGAUGUAUAUACAGCGGAGUACGAUUUGGAGGCUGAUGAAUAUGUACCUCUCCCGAAAGGUGAAGUGCACAAAAAGAAAGAAGUCGUUCAGGAUGUUACCCUUCAUGACCUUGAUGUUGCUAACGCCCGGCCUCAAGGUGGUCAAGAUAUCGUUUCUAUGAUGGGUCAGUUAAUGAAACCAAAGAAAACGGAAAUCACCGGAGCCUCUGGAUCGCCGGAGGUGCGCAGUCUGAAGCGAGUGGUGACUGAUGGGACGGUUAGCUCAAUAACUGUGGUUGAAUCUUUAAUCGUUUCGUAUACACAGCACACAUCUAUAUCAGACAAAUUACGCAAAGAAAUCAACAAGGUAGUGAACAAAUACAUUGAUCAAGGAAUCGCGGAGCUCGUUCCCGGAGUGUUGUUCAUUGAUGAGGUCCACAUGCUGGACAUUGAAUGUUUCACCUAUCUUCACCGCGCACUGGAAUCGACCAUUGCUCCGAUUGUUAUAUUUGCCACAAAUCGUGGCAAAUGCACCAUUCGCGGCACAGAAGACAUUGUUUCUCCGCAUGGCAUCCCUCUGGAUCUUUUGGAUCGCGUCAUGAUCAUUCGAACCUUGCCGUAUUCGUCCGACGAUGUGAUCCAGAUCUUGCGCAUUCGUGCUCAAACGGAGGGCUUAAAAGUUUCUGAACAGGCCUACGCACGUUUGGCUGGCGUAGCAACCGAUACGACCCUGAGAUACGCUGUUCAACUGUUGACUCCGGCCUCACGACUCGCACAGCUUGCUGGACGAGAAGAUCUGGAACCUCAAGACAUAGAUGAAGUAUGUGACCUCUUCCUCAACGCGAAGCAGUCUGCGAAGAUUCUAACGGAGCUUGAAAGCCAGUUCAUGAAAUAAAUAUGGCUGACCGCGCUUGUUGAGCAUUUGUGUAUACGGACGAUUUUCGAUCCCUCAUCUUCUCCAUUUCAAUUCCCUGUGAACUUUCGCUUUCCGAAUCCAUCCGUUGAAAAUACAUCUAAGCCACUUUACAAUCGAAC